AUGGACUCAUCUCUGGAAAAGCCCGACUAUGAGAAUCUGGAUGUGAUCCAAAGAAACCGCCUCCCUGCCAGGGCAUACUGGCUACCUCCAUCUCAUCUCAUCCUCAACGGAACAUGGGACUUUCAAUAUGCACCUACACCGUUGGAAGCCUCCGAAUAUCCUCCCGGAGAGGCAAAGUCUGACGAAGAAUGGUCACCUAUCAACGUCCCAGGCCAUUGGCAACUCCAAGGCUAUGGUCAUCCGCACUACACCAAUGUGCAAUUCCCCUUCCCCUCAGCGCCACCUUUCAUCCCAACCGAGAACCCCACAGGUACCUAUCGACGCAAUUUCAAGGUCCCUGCUGAGUGGGACAGCAACUCACAACUAAGACUUCGGUUCGAUGGUGUCGAUAGUGCCUAUCAUGUUUGGUUGAACGAGGAAUUUGUGGGUUAUUCACAGGGAAGUCGCAACGCGGCUGAGUUUGAUGUCACGAGUGUUAUCAAGAAGAAUGAGGAGAAUGACUUGGUUGUGAGAGUUUACCAAUGGUGUGAGGCCUCUUAUAUCGAGGACCAGGAUCAGUGGUGGCUUUCGGGUAUCUUCCGUGAUGUGACUUUAUUUGCGUUUCCCGGAGAAACCAGGAUUGAAGACUUCUUUGUCAAAACAAAUCUCGACGCACAGUAUCAGGACGCCACUCUUGAAGUCGACAUAACAUUGCACCAACGUGGGAAUGAUUCGCCCAUCGAACUAUCACUUGCUCUUCGGGACGGUGAUAUGCAAAUUGCCUCAACGGAAAAGACCUUGCAGGAUAAGGAUACUACAGUCAAAUUCGAGAUCCCUGUCGCUAAUCCAAAGAAGUGGACUGCGGAAACUCCAUAUCUCUACCAGCUCGAAAUCACCCUCAAGGCGCCCAACACAAAGGUGAUUCAGAACAUUACACAAAACGUCGGCUUCCGCAAAGUCGAACUAAAAAAUAGUCUCAUCACCGUCAACGGCUCACCAAUUCUCCUUCGAGGCGUAAACAGACAUGACCACCAUCCUCUUCACGGAAGAGCUGUUCCAUACGAUUUCCUCAAGCAGGAUCUGUUAUUGAUGAAACAACAUAACAUCAACGCGCUCAGAACAAGUCACUAUCCUGGUCAGCCUUGGAUCUACGACCUAGCAGACGAGCUGGGUUUUUGGGUUAUGGAUGAAGCAGAUCUGGAAUGUCAUGGCUUCUACGAUGUUGUCACACAGCAUGUUGAGCCGGCUCCUUAUCUGGAUUAUGAGGGAAGCAAAGAGGAGUUUUUCCCCAAGGCAGCACAAUUCACCUCUGAUAACCCAGAGUGGCACGACUCGUACCUUGAUAGAAUGGUUCAGAUGGUCCAGCGAGACAAGAAUCACCCAUCCAUCUUCUCCUGGUCACUCGGCAACGAAUCCUUCUACGGCGUCAACCACGUUGCAAUGAUCGAAUACGCCCGCAGUGUAGAUGACCGACUCAUCCACUACGAAGGCGAUAUCAAAGCACAAUUGACCGACAUGUACUCUUACAUGUACCCUGACCAAGAUCGUCUGAAGCGCCACGUCGAGAUUGACGGUAUCGAAGACGGAAAAUGGCAAAAGCCUGUUAUUCUUUGCGAAUACGCACACGCCAUGGGCAAUGGACCUGGUGGUCUAGACGACUAUCAAGACGCGUUCCGCAAAUAUGAGCGUCUUCAGGGUGGUUUUAUCUGGGAGUGGGCCAACCAUGGUCUUUUGCAUAAAGGCGGGUACUACGCGUAUGGAGGAGAUUUUGGCGACCAACCGAAUGAUUCGACGUUUGUUAUGGAUGGCUUAGUUGAUAGCGAGCAUAAGCCGACACCGGGACUUACAGAGUUGAAGAAAGUGUUUCAGCCUGUAAAGUUUGAGUUCAAGGAUGGGAAAGCUUUUAUCACUAAUGAGUACGACUUUGUUGGGUUAGGGCACUUGGAGGGCGAGUUCCUAGUCCAAGCCAUGGGUGACAAGGUAUCGCUUCUCGAAUCUGGCAAGGUAGAGAUCCCAGAGGUCAAGACCUGGGAAACCGUUGAGCUAUCUCUUCCAGACCUCACUCAGUACCAAGGCCAUGAUGAAGAAGUCUUCCUGCACAUCUCUUUCACACUCAAGGAGGCUACAAAGUGGGCACCAGCGUCUCACAAGAUAGCAUGGUUCCAGCACAAGAUUUCCAUGGACAAAGAGCCUAUUGCGCCAGCUCCUUCCACCACUCAAGCCAUUAACGUCGAUGAAAGCCGAACUGGAGUUGAAGUAUCGGGUACCGAAUGGGCAAUCAAGUUCGAUCGUGUACGAGGUUACAUCACCAAGUGGUCACAUGGCACUGAUCUUCUCGAGAUCGACACUGCGACGCGCGCGGCGAUUUAUCCCUGCUUUUGGCGCGCGCCUACGGACAACGAUAAAGACAGCGCUGUCAAUGUUUGGAAGGAUUACGGUGUUCAUCGAAUGACUUCCCAGCUACGAUCUUUCCAGGUCCAGAAGGAUAAUGACAGGGUUACGGUGAAGACGGUGACAUAUCUCGCACCUCCAGUAUUAGGAUGGGGCUACGAUAUUACCACACAUUACCAAAUCUCGUCUGACGGUAUUUUAUCAAUGAAACUCGAUCUCCAGCCCAAGGGAGUUUUCCCAAAGGAUAUUCCCCGUCUGGGUCUCAAUCUUCGCUUGCCUAAGAAGCUGAACCAAGUGGAUUGGUUCGGUCGCGGGCCUGGAGAGUCGUAUCCGGAUAAGAAACACUCUCAGGCCAUUGGUAUCUGGUCAUCCUCGGUAGACGGUCUGGAAGUGCCGUACGAUGUUCCGCAGGGUCGCGGUAAUAGGAUGGAUACGCGGUGGGUACGCGUUGUUGACGCGGAUGGACAUGGAAUUCGGGCUUCGCGACGCGAUCAAAGUACAUUCGAUUGGACUGGUAGUCGUUUGUCGGAUGAGACGAUCGAGAAAGCCAAGCACCCAUGUGACUUGGUACGUGAAGAAGCUACUCUUCUGAAUCUGAGUGCCAAGGUUGCUGGUGUUGGCAGCGCGACUUGUGGGCCUGGAGUCAGAGAGGAUCUCAAAGUCAAGGUUGAACCAAUUAGUUACGAGUUUAUUCUAGAAAAAAUCUAG